AUGCGUUCAGCGGAACCCGCCUCGGAAGGCUCAAAACUGUCUCGACGGAAGCGACGACGAAUGGCACACGCACAAAGUCAGGACCAAGUCUCCGCAGAAAGUUCAUUGACGGGGCAGAGUAUUCACCAGCCCGAGGCGUCUUCCGCCCAGGCGAGAUCCAUCGGAUUCCAACACUCUGCGCGCUGCCUUGUGCUUUCCCCCUUUGUGGACCUAACUGCUGUCUGGGCGGAUGCCUUGCGGGCUGUCAGUCCGGUGCCGCCGACAGCCAAUUCUGCUCUUGAUUUCUUCCCACUGCCGUAUCUGCUCGAUACGGUCUCCGACGCCGUGACCCCGACCCCUGGAUGUGCACAUCAAGACCGUGUUCGCGUGGACGGCAAGGUCCACCGAUAUCUUCACAACCUCCUUCGGAUCCGCGAGUUUUGUCGCGCCCGCUUGUUCGACGUCAGUCUCGACAACCGCCCCUUGACGAUUGCUGAAUGGCGCACUGCGUUAUGGGGCCAGUAUCUUGCCAAGAGCAGCGUGCGGAACGGUGCCGAGGGUGCCGAUGCGCGACGCGCCAAGCGACGUCUCGAGGAGCGCAACGGUAUCGCAGCCCUAUGUCACAAAGUGGCGGACAUGGAUUCUUACAACGCGCACGUCGUCGUCGAGUUCCGUGGCCUCGCCGUAGACCUGAACAUGAUCGCUCAGGAUCCGUCCAUUCGGGCAGAUCUGCUCUGGGAAUCGCACGAGGUCAACUUCCGAGCAGAGCUCUUGGCCUUGGAUACCUUGCGUGUGCAAAAGAAGGACUGGAUGGAGAUCAAUCGCUGGGAGCGGAAGAUGCUGGUGUCUGGCGUUGGGGGAUCUUCUUCGUCGGCCGCGUAA